AUGGAGCAAUCUCUUGGUCUGGGCAAACCCCAUAGCCAGUAUGUAGUCAGUGAUGUCUUAGGAAUCGAGAGCUUGGCAACUUCCUCCUCUAAGUGUAAGCACAGUAUAUCUGUCUUUAUUUGAAAACAACAUUAAUUUUAGCCAGGGAACGUCCAAAACCUAUAACCCAGGCCUGUCAAAAAAGACAGUGUCGAAUAUGACUUUAACUAUCUUCUAAACAUUUCCUUUUAUAGUCCCCUCCUUGGUUUACAGAAGUUAUCAGACUCCAUCGGCAGACCUCCAAGCACCAUCAGAUCCCCAAGGACAUGCUGAUGGUGAAAGCUCUGUUACAGUGAGGAGAAAGCAACGUAGAAAUCGAACCACAUUCACAAAGCAACAAUUGCAAGAACUAGAAAAAGUAUUUGAUAAAAAGCAUUACCCAGAUAUCGCCCUCAGAGAAGAGCUUGCUGCCAAGAUUAACAUCAGCGAGGCGCGAAUCCAGGUAAAUCGUUUUAACAAUAAUUAAAAACACCCAUCUCUAUGCUUGAGCCUCAUCUUUGAAUACACAGAGCUCAUCGAAAGUGAUUUCAUGUUGCGUGUGAAGAAAGUAAUCUCACAGAAAAUAUAUCUUAAUUUCGCCAAAAGAAAAAAUAAUGUAUGAGAUAAAACGUAAACGGGUGUGGUCGUUAACGAUAGCCUUGUGUAAUAGUAGGCCCAUAAUUGUAUUAGGACGCCGGGCAAGAUUAUAUUACUAGCGAAAAUUGUGUGAUCGACGAUAUAGCUUCAAGCUUAGUGAAUUUGUGCAUAAUUGAAUUUCUUUUUUCCACCUUAAAAGUAUGAAUAUAUUGCCAAUAACACAUUACCAAGAAUAAAGGCUUCACACGAUAUUUCACCAGUGAUUUUAGCACACUGCUGCAAAAUACUCUGCCAAAGUUGCAGACUUCGAUGUUUUGAGUCAAGCGGAAAUUCGAGUUCUCUCUCUCUCUUGAGUUUCGAAAAGCUGUUUUUCUGUUGGAAAGAUUUUCCACUAAAUAGCACACUAAAAUGAGUGGAAAAUUAUAUACCAUCGAUUGUCUAAUGUAAGGUAAAAUUUAUGUCCGUGUAUUUUUGAUGAAGAUAAGAUUACUUUGAGUAUUCUGCCUUUUAAUAGCCAGCGCUUGAUUUGUGCAUCCUUUAAAAAAUUUUUGCUGCAAAGUAAAUGGAUCGAUCGAUGUGCUGUUUCCUCUUCUAUGAGUCCUUUUACGAAAAAUUUAAACAAAUUUCAUGACACUCACGAAAAAAAACUGAGUGGCAAAUUACUGGUGACCAAAAACAUUAAGUCUUUUACAAUAUCUCAAUCUGAACCGUCUUUUCAUGCUGUUGUCGAGACUUCCUGUUGCCGUUAUUUUGUAACUUUUCCACUAAUACGAUAUAUACAUAGCUCUUUCGAUAUUGAGAUGUACAAUUAAACACCGCGGACUUCGAUCGGUCAUCGAGAAUGUUUGUCUUCAAUGUUGUAUAAGUGUAUUCACUUACCCCGGCAUUUCUCAGACCAAGUUCUAAACAUCAUUUCUAUCCUUCAACUGACUAUAUUACAGUACUUCUGCUUUUUGAUUUAGAGAUAAAAGAGACGAGUUUUGUCAUCCGAACACGUUUUAAAUGCUUCUUUGUGGAAACCAUUAAAUUGUUUGUCUUUUGUUGACUCACAUAUACAAGUUGGAGUUCCCUCUUAUUUGAAGGAACACGGAGAAAUUUCGUUGAGAUUCAGCUUGUUUUUUCUCACUUUUUAGGUUUGGUUUCAAAACAGACGAGCCAAAUGGCGAAAGAGACAAAACCCGUCGCAGAGUUUUACGAAAAAAGUGCGCUAUCAAAGCGAAAAACUUGGACCGCACCUGCCAAUUGCUCCCAGACCAAGUAUUCCCUGUGGACCACCGAACUACUUCCUUGGUUUACCGGGUGCAGUUCCUGUGAGCGCCCAUCACCACACAUAUCCAGGCAUUUUGACUUCUCUCAACGCUACAAACUCUAGUUACAUGUCUUCAUCGCAGCUACCAAUGCACAACGGUACGCUUUGGCCUUGCCAAGGCGCCGCUUUCUCAAGCCAUGCCGAACAACCUAAGAUGGCGCUGGAAGCGUUGAGAAUGAAGGCGAAGUCACACGCCUCUUCAAUGUCUGCGUUUGAAUUCGUUCCAUCGUACCAUUAGUUCACGGCUUACGCUACCUUGCCGAACAAGAGAAAAAAUAGAACGAGAACGGUCCACCGAUGUAAAGUCAACGAAGAAUAUUGUUUUUGACAAACAGUUGAAAUAGCCAAAGAUUAACUUGAAAUGUCAAGGUGAAGCACUAUAGAAAAGUGCGAGAACUUGGGCGCAAAUAGUAACAUUUUGAUAUGAGUAUUUCCUUUCAGCUAAGUCAGUGGAUAUAAGAACUCUUUUGGCUGAAAAGAGAAUUGUAAAAUUACCGAAAAACAAUCAUAGAAUUCUCGAUGAAUUUACGAUCAUUUGUAGUAUAUUAGAUUUUUAUAUUACAAAAAAAUUGCAAGACAUUUCAUCACGAAAGGUUUUCGCCUUGGUAGAGUAUUAAGCUUUACCCAAUAUAAAAUAAGAACGCACUUUAUUUAAGAUGUACUUUAUGCCUAUUUGCGCUAUUAGUAAAUUUUCUUUUGAAAGACUGUCAAUGGAAGCUCAUUAAUGAAGCCGUGAAUACUUCCAAGGCUUUUUCGCUUCGCCCCGCCUGGAACUUACAAACCCUAAGGUGCUAACACACCUUAAGCAAGUACAUUUUCAACUAGCAAUUUCAAUAACUGUAUUAUCCAUAAACUAAAACAAUAUUAACGCCCUGGUACCACAUACAAGAAGGAAAAGUGAGAAUUAUUCUGUAAGAAAAGAUUAGAAAUCACCAAAACCUCGACAGGGAUGAAACUCAGUCAGUAACAUUUUAGUUCUUAUGAAUUUUCAGGGUCAAAGUAGUGAAGUAUUCUUCCUGUUUCUAAUAACUGUAUAGUUUGCUUUUGCGCUGAAUCAAUAAUUUAUCAAAGCUAAAUUUAUGCUAUGGAUAUAAAGAGAAUGGUCAGAAAUACGUCAGUAACAAAUAGCGUGCAUUGUUAAUAGAAAUGGAAAAACGGACAAAUUUUUCUGAGAUCUUGAACUCAAACGAAGUUUAUCUCUUGUCUCAAAAAACAACAAACCGACACUAUUCAUUACUUUAAAAUGGAAUAACCACGUAACUUUUUAUACUUCACCGACAUAAUCCAUUAGAUCAAAUUUUCACAAUAAAGGAAAUUAAACACUUUAUAGUGAUGCGACCGUGUUCUCCUGAAAAGACAAUAAUUACAACAACAUUUACUUAACGGAGGUACAGUUUUUAGUCCGUUCAGAAGUCCUCAUGGAUAAGCACAAACUUACACAAAAGUUUAGUAAGUUACUUUGUUAUCAUUAAUCUCGCAAACAAGACUGAAAUGAUGUAAAAAGCCGGGAAAAUUCAAAUAAAAG